UAAACCGGAAGUUGAGUUGUUAUUGUUGCGAGUGUUGGGGGGUUGAGCCCUACCGGCUCGAGUUUAUAUACGAUCAUGUUUCACUCGCUCUCUUGUGUUUCUACCUCUCUGAACCUGAACCUGAACCUGAACCGGCGGAUGGCGUAGGACAGAGCCGGGAGUGCAUCACUUUAUCUCGGGGUUUGAACAGGAAUGGACUCGCGGGUGUCGGAGCUGUUCGGGUCCGCGGCGAGUACUGCGGCUCUCAGCAGAAAAACCGCGAAGAAUGGCAGCAAAAAGUGCAAAAACCGCUCAGCCCGGUAUCAGAAACCCAGCAAUAAUCCUCCUUAUCUUCCUCCAGAGGUUGAAGAGGGAAACAUUGAGUACAAGCUGAAGCUGGUGAACCCGACUCAGUACCGCUUCGAGCACUUGGCCACACAGAUGAAGUGGAGGCUCCAGGAGGGCCGCGGCGAGGCCGUGUAUCAGAUCGGCGUGGAGGACAACGGUCUGCUGGUGGGCCUGUCGGAGGAAGACAUGAACGCCUCGCUCAAAACACUCCGCAGGAUGGCUGAGAAGGUGGGUGCAGACAUCACAGUUCUCAGAGAGAGGGAGGUCGAUUACGACUCUGACGAGACGCACAGAAUAGCCGAGGUCCUGGUCAGGAAAGUGCCCGAUGAUCAGCAGUUCCUGGACCUGCGAGUGGCUGUGCUGGGAAACGUGGACUCGGGAAAGUCCACUCUGCUGGGUGUCCUCACACAGGGAGAGCUGGACAACGGGAGAGGCCGAGCGAGACUAAACCUCUUCAGACACCUUCAUGAGAUCCAGACCGGCCGAACCUCCAGCAUCAGCAUCGAGAUCUUGGGCUUCGACAGCAAAGGAGUGGUGGUGAACUACAGCGAGUCCCGCACGGCAGAGGAGAUUUGUGAGAGCGCCUCAAAAAUGAUCACCUUCAUAGAUCUGGCCGGCCACCACAAAUACCUGAAGACCACGAUCUUCGGCUUAACCAGCUACUGUCCAGACUUCGCCAUGCUCGUCGUCAGUGCCAACACGGGCAUCGCGGGUACGACGCGUGAGCACUUGGGUCUGGCCAUGGCGCUGAAGGUGCCGAUCUUCAUCGUGGUGAGUAAAGUGGACCUGUGUGCCAAGGGCACCGUGGAGCGAACGGUCCGGCAGCUGGAGCGGAUCCUCAAGCAGCCCGGCUGCAACAAGGUGCCCAUGCUAGUGUCCUCGGCCGACGACGCCGUCACUGCCGCGCAGGAGUUCGCUCAGUCCCCGAGCAUCACCCCCAUCUUCACCCUGUCCAGCGUGUCGGGCGAGAGUCUCGAUGUGCUGAAGGUCUUCUUCAAUAUCCUCCCUCCCCUCAGCAACAGCAAGGAGCAGGAGGAGCUCAUGCAGCAGCUCACCGAGUUCCAGAUUGAUGAGAUCUAUACCGUGCCAGAUGUGGGGACAGUGGUUGGCGGGACUCUUUACAGCGGGAUCUGCCGCGAGGGGGAGCAGCUGGUGGUCGGACCCACGGAUGACGGGGAGUUUCGGGAGCUGACGGUCCUCAGUAUCCAGAGGAAUCGCUCCGGCUGUCGGGUCCUCAGAGCGGGACAGGCCGCUACUCUGGCAAUCGGAGACUUCGACCGCUCGUUCUUACGCAAGGGAUUGGUGAUGGUGAGUCCCGAGAUGAACCCCGAUAUCUGCUGGCGCUUUGAGGCAGAGAUCGUCUUGCUCUUCCAUGCCAAAACUUUCCACAAGGGCUUCCAGGUGACCGUUCAUGUGGGCAACGUUAGACAGACGGCCACAGUUGAGGCUCUGCAAGGAAAGGACGAGCUGCGCACCGGAGAGAAGGCUGUGGUCGGCUUCAGGUUCAUCAAACACCCGGAGUAUCUGAAGCUGGGAGCCAAGCUGCUCUUCCGAGAGGGCGUGACCAAAGGCAUCGGUCAGGUGACCAAACUGCAGCCCGCCUGCCAGUACCAGCAGCAGGCCUGAGCGGGCCACGCUCCUCCUGCUCACACCAGUCCGUUUCACAC